UCGUAUUCUGUAUUCAAGAUGACUGAAACCACAGCAGCUCCAGCGGCCGAGGCUCCAGCAGCCCAGGCUGCAGCAAAAAAGUCAAAGGCUCCAAAAAAAUCAGGAGUUAAAAAGCCGGCAACGAAGCCAACUCAUCCACCAGCUGCAGAGAUGGUCAAAGCUGCCAUCACUUCCCUGAAAGAUAAAAAGGGAUCGUCGCUGCAGGCUAUCAAAAAAUAUAUUGCCUCCAACUAUAAAGUCAACGUAGAUAAGCAGUCUAUCUUCAUCAAGAAGUAUCUCAAGUCUGCUGUUACUAAGAAGACCAUCGUUCAGACUAAGGGGACCGGAGCCGCCGGUCGUUUCAAGCUUCCAGUUAAAGGAGAGGGCGAGAAAAAGGUGGUAAAGAAACCUGCAGCAGUUAAAAAGCCUGCAGCUGCUAAAAAACCAGUAGUAAAGAAGCCCAAAGCUGCAGUCAAGCCGAAAGAAGGCGCAGUAAAGAAACCCGCUGUCAAAAAGCCUGUGGAAAAGAAACCAGCUGCUACCAAGAAAAGUCCAGCAAAGCCCAAAGCGGCAAAACCAGCCAAGGCUAAGACUGCUAAGCCUACAAAACCCAAGAGCCCAAAGCCUAAGAAAGCCGCUCCAAAGGCCAAAGCUGCUCCUAAAAAAUAAAUGCUUCAAAACCUAGCCCUUCUCAGGGCUGCGCUCUCUCUUAUUUUUUCAUCUAAACGGUCCUUUUCAGGACCACAAAAUCAUCAAACGUUGAACACAUUAUUUACUUCACUUACCCUACACAUGGAACCGUAAAAACUUCAUAUGGUCUGCU